GACUUCUCCAGCGCUGCCUCCUCGCUGGCAGCGAGCACAGUUCCGCCGGGCCGCCCCGCGCCUGCUUCCCUCCGCACCGCCCUUCCUGCCUUGGGGGUCUCCUAAGCUCGCAAAAUGGCUGACGGCCGGGACGACGCCUCGGACCAGCUGCAGCAGUGGCGGAGCCAGCGGGGCUCGCAGAAACCAGAUGUCUUGACCACUGGUGCUGGGAACCCCAUAGGGGAUAAGCUUAAUAUUCUGACAGUAGGGCCACGUGGACCUCUUCUUGUUCAAGAUGUUGUUUUCACUGAUGAGAUGGCUCAUUUUGACAGAGAGAGGAUUCCUGAAAGAGUUGUGCAUGCAAAAGGGGCAGGAGCCUUUGGCUAUUUUGAAGUCACUCAUGAUAUUACCCAGUAUUGUAAGGCAAAAGUGUUUGAACACGUUGGAAAAAGAACUCCGAUUGCUAUAAGAUUCUCCACUGUUGCUGGAGAAUCUGGGUCAGCUGAUACAGUUCGUGACCCUCGAGGCUUUGCAAUGAAAUUCUAUACAGAAGAGGGUAAUUGGGAUCUUGUGGGAAACAAUACUCCCAUCUUCUUUAUUCGGGAUGCAAUGCUGUUUCCGUCCUUCAUCCAUAGCCAAAAGAGGAACCCUCAGACUCAUUUGAGGGAUCCCGACAUGAUGUGGGACUUCUGGAGUCUUCGCCCUGAGUCUUUGCAUCAAGUGUCUUUCUUGUUCAGUGAUCGUGGUAUUCCUGAUGGUUAUCGCCAUAUGAAUGGAUAUGGAUCACAUACUUUUAAACUGGUUAAUGCUAGUGGAAGAGCAGUUUAUUGCAAAUUCCAUGUGAAGACUGACCAGGGCAUCAAAAAUCUUCCUGUUGAAGAAGCAGGAAGAUUGGCUUCUACUGAUCCUGAUUAUGGAAUACGUGAUCUUUACAAUGCCAUUGCCAAGGGGGACUAUCCAUCAUGGUCUUUCUACAUUCAAGUUAUGACAUUUGAAGAAGCAGAGAGGUUUCCAUUUAAUCCUUUUGAUUUAACUAAGAUUUGGCCACAUGGUGACUACCCUCUCAUCCCUGUGGGAAAGCUUGUCUUGAACAGGAAUCCUGUCAAUUACUUUGCAGAGGUGGAACAGAUGGCGUAUGAUCCUAGCAACAUGCCACCUGGUAUUGAACCUAGCCCUGAUAAAAUGCUGCAGGGUCGUCUUUUCUCGUAUCCUGACACUCAUAGACACCGUCUGGGACCUAACUAUCUCCAAAUUCCUGUGAACUGCCCCUUCAGAACUCGUGUGGCCAAUUACCAGAGGGAUGGACCAAUGUGUGUUUCUGACAACCAAGGUGGUGCUCCAAACUAUUAUCCAAAUAGUUUUACUGGUCCAGAAGAUCAGCCCAUGGUAAAGGAGAGCCGCAUGUCUGUGUCGGGAGACGUGCAGCGCUUCAAUACUGCAAAUGAAGAUAAUGUGACUCAGGUGCGAGAAUUCUAUACCAAAGUGCUGAAGGAGGAUGAACGCCAAAGGCUGUGUAAAAACAUUGCUGAUCAUCUUAAAGAUGCGCAACUCUUCAUUCAGAAGCGAGCUGUGAAAAACUUCACUGAUGUUCAUCCUGACUAUGGUGCCCGUAUUCAGGUUUUGCUGGACAAAUACAAUGCUGAAAGUGGGAAAAAGGAUGUAAUUAGGACAUAUACACAGUCCACAUCUCGUGUGUCUGCCAAGGAAAGAUCCAACUUGUAAAGCGUGCUGCAGAGCCUUACUCUAUGAAUUUUGCGUCCUUACAACUGCAGGACAACCUGUUGAAGAUGUUAAUGAAUGUAGCAGACUUUCGCACAAAUACAGAAGUGUUUUACAGGCUUGAUUUAUUAAGCUUUCAAGUGCCUAUAUCUGUAUUGGAAACUAGGUAACACAAGCUAACAAUCCUCAUGCCUUUCAACACUAGUGCUUUCCUGCUUGUUAACAACAUAUGGUGUUUUUAGGGAAAUUCACAAUUAAAAAUUGUCUUAAUUUCUAAAGCAAACAGAAGUUUCAUCAAAAUACUGUUUCAUUUUUUAAUUGUAAAACUUUCCUGGCUAAAUCACAUGAUAGAACUUCUAUAAUGAUACUGUGAUUAUCCUUACAGAUAAACUCGUUCAUGUUAAAAAGUUGAUGUUGCUCGAUAUUUCUAAUGAAAUACUUAUCUGUAUGUAUUUGUAGACACUUCCUUUGAAUUUCAUUUUUGGCCGUCCAGAAGUGAAAUGAUGUGCAGUAGUUCAAGUAAAAAGUUGGUUAUGUGUCAUUCCUUAUGAUUCAAAUGAAGCUAACUAGAAAGUUUAAUCUGAAUAUGUGUAAAUUUUAUUCCCAGUAUAUAUUUUAAGAUAAUAUUUGCUUACUAAUGCUAGGUCGGGAUAUAACUGACCUAAGGGAGAUAGGAAAGGAUAUUUUCUUAUUACGUAUGCUUUACAACUAAAUUGAUUACAUCUUAGUUCUUUGGGGGGGAGAAAUUGUUCUUUCUAACCUGUGAGAAUUUAAAUAGCAAAAUACUAAUUUUCCAAGUGUCUGAGAAAUUAACCUCCAAAUGCAUGAAUAUUUUUAUUUUGGCCAAAUUCAAGCUCAAGCACUUUCAAAACUAUUCCCAGUGGCUCCUGAAAUUCUGUUAUUUUACUGCCAUAAUCUGAUAUUGUUCUCUAUUGAUCAAGCCAGAGCCUAGUUUUCAGAGUUAGACUUUAAUUGAAGUGGCAUGUUUGUAUGAAUGUGGGUAUCUAUAGCUAGAUAUAUGUAUAAAACCUGAUUUUAGGCAUGUUGUAAUGUUGCCUAGUGUUUUGCAAUUUAGUUAAUCACUGCAAAAGAUUUUGGAACCCUUUGGUUUGAAAAGUGUUCCCUACUAUUAUUUGUUAGAUCCAAAGGAGUUUCUUCAGCUUAGUAAUAUUUUUUGUUGUUGUUCAGUCUUGGAGUAUAAUCUUUAAUGAGGUCUUACUAAUUGGCACAAAAUGGAAGUGUUUAUAUUUGAGAACUUAGAGCAAUAAUUAAAUGAUAAUUAUGGAAUUUCAGGACACUACCUUGGCUGAAUCUGAGUAGUGGUCGCCUAAGAAAGCACAUUGUCAGCAUCUGAGUGCUUUACUAUACAAGCAUACAGCAAAACCAAGGCUUAAACUACUGUUUUUAUAAGGGCCAAAAUCCCACCUAGUAUUUUUUCUUAGAUAGUUAUUUGGAAAGUGUUACCCAGUUAUGGGGUAAUUAGCAUCCAGGCUGACUGUUGGAGUUUUGAAUUUAAAAAAAAAAAAAAAUCUGUCAUACCUGUUGCGCAUUGAAGUUAGUCCUAACAGACGAAAAGAGUUUCAGAAGUGUGCUCAGUAGGAUCAGGCAAUUCACCAUGCAUCUAAAGUCCUGGCGAGUUAUAAUAAGGACUCUGCCUGUUACUUCUUCCUCUUCCCUUGCCAAAGAGAAAGAUCAGUGUGCAUGUGUAGUUAGUCCAGAUCCUAGCUGCGUGGCAUUACCCCUCGUUGGAAAUAUUUGCUUUCCUUGUUUGCCUGCUGACACUGCCUCAUGACCGUUCGGAUUGGAAAAAGCAUGAAUGAUGAUACAAAGGAUUUCAGAGCCCAGCUACUAGCUCUUAACUCAAGCAAAUGUUACACAAAUUUCUAAUCAUAGCAGGUUUUUUUUUUUUUAAUAUUCAGUGCAUUUCUGGGUCUGUCUUGAGUUGUGUUUUGAAUAGGAGUACUUCCUGAUUUGGUGUUUGUGUGAACUGGGAUUCUGAGAAGUGAUGGCAGAUAGAUAAAGAAGAGUAGAUACUAAGUGCUGUUCCAUUAAAUUGUAGAAAGCUGCUACUUCUCCAACUCAUUUCUCUACUAACUUAUUGUGAAAAAUUAGCAGUGAUAGAGAUGCAGUAAAAUAAUAGGAACUGAUAGCCUACUCUGUUCUGGGAUUCAACUGGAUUUUUACCUGAUCAGUCAGGUGGGAGCUGAAAAAGCUAUGUGAAUGAGUGGGAAUAUUUCUUACUGGAACAUAGAAUCCUAAUGGGUUUUGGAAAAGAAUAAGCAAAGUUUAAUCUUUAAUUUUGGUUGUGUCUGCUAAGUGAAUUAUAUUGUCUUCCUCUUUUAUUUCUGAAAUAAAACGGAAUUUAAAAAUC